UACCAACUUAGCGCAAUUAUUAUUGUUAUUAUAACAGUAUUUUAAGGAACACAUGCAUAUAGGUACGUACGUGUGUGCACAUUUUAAAGGGCCCCCUAGACCGUUAUUCCCCCUUGCCUGUCAGCCUCAGUGUGAUAAGGAAGAACCAAGCGUUAUCUCUCAAUUCGCAUUCAAUAUUAAGACUAAUGACGAAUACCCCAACUGUUUAGUUGUUCAAAAUACUUGCUUUCGUAAACAUAACAGAAAUUGUUUUAUUAAAUUCUUUCCACAAAUAUAUAUAUAUUAAAAAUUCUUUAAAUAAAUAUAAUUUAAAUUGGAAUAAAAAUGAAUUGUAACGUAGAAUAUUGUAGUAAAGAUUAUUUUCAAAGCUAUUUGCCGGUAACACCGCCAACCUACUAUGAUAAUCAUUGGCCGGAAGUGUUUUAUGAGGCCGCAUCCAGUCAACAAGAUAUACCGUUAUAUUGUUGUUUACAAUAUAGUGAACAAAUGCAGCAACAACAAUCAAGAUUUCCCACACCACCCAUAACACCGCCACGUACUUUAGCGGCUAAUGAAUUAUUGGUAACACCGCAACAACAGCAGCAACAACAAUUGCGCACACAAUCGGUUAUUAUGAAAAUCGGUCAUAAUCAAAGUCCACCACAACACAUACCAGCGGAAUUACCCUAUAACGUUUGCUUAUCGGAGGAGCUAACAAAAAUUACAAGUCACGAAAACCCCAGCAGCGGUACAUCAUCACCGAGUCAAAGUAGCAAUGAUUUUGCAUGCGAUUGGCUAGAUUGUGGAAGAUCCUUUGAUAGCUUGGAAUCUCUGGCUGGCCAUGUCACACAAAUUCAUGCUGUGGCAUCAUUAAGCGAUGGUCUGUAUUAUUGUCGCUGGCUAGGCUGUCAGAGAAGCGAACGCGGCUUUAAUGCUCGCUACAAAAUGUUAGUUCAUGUGCGCACUCAUACCAAAGAGAAACCGCAUCAAUGUCAUUUAUGUGAGAAGCGAUUUUCGCGAGCCGAAAACCUUAAAAUCCAUAUACGUUCACAUUCGGGCGAGAAGCCGUACGUAUGUGCACACGAGGGUUGUAGCAAAGCGUAUUCGAAUUCUUCUGAUCGUUUCAAGCACACACGCACACAUUCUAUGGAAAAGCCUUAUAUGUGCAAAGUACCUGGUUGCCAGAAACGUUACACCGAUCCUUCAUCGUUACGUAAACAUGUGAAAACAUUUAGGCAUUCGAUACAAAUAAUGAAAUCAUCUAUAGAAACAUCAAAGUCCAAAGAUUCUGAUUAUAUUAAGCAUCGAGAACAUAUGAAGCCGUCUGCAUACAAGUCAUUCAUAGGAAUGUCUUCGAAUUCAAUACGUCGCCCUUCGCAUGCACAAGACUCCUUUUGCUUGGCCAUGGAAGAAAUGUGCCACAUUAAAGGCAAAGACAUUGACAGUUAUUGGUUAAGAGAUGAAGUUGAUGGCCCUACGCAACUUUACUCCGAUAGCUUUAGCAGUACACUGCACCAAGAAGUUGAAUUAUCAAUGGAAUUGGAUUUAAGUGGUGAAAAACCUUUAGAUUUAAGAAUUAAACGAGCAUAGCAAUGAUAUGCAAGACGUGGGAUUACCUUCUAUUUUAUCAAUCUUCUAGUCCGAGACUUUAGUCUUUUGUCUUUAAGGAACAGAAUAAAGAGACUGUUUAUUUUUUCUCAACACUAA